UAUCAUUAGUUUGAAAAGCUUGUUCUAUUUACGUAUAUCAGCAGACUGAACUGGAAUUACUAUUAGUCUGAAAUAUUGCGUCGCAAGAUAAGAUUUCUUUCUGUUUGAAAAGGGAAUUAUAGUAUUGAAAGUAUUUGUUUUGUCUAGUAGAUAACGGGUAUUUCUAAUAAAGAUUAUAAGAAUAGAAUGCUCAUUUAGAUACCGUAUGUCUUCACGAAAUACUUUCAUGGAUCCUCUAAAACUAUUAUUAAGUUCCAUCCUAAUACUCACAGUGACGAAAGCGGAAUUAGUCUUGGACCAAGAUCAGCUUUCAAAUGUAGAUAUAGAAAACUGCUUAUCCGUUUCGCCGGAUGAGCGUUUGCCGGUAGAUAAAAUCCGGCCAAUCAAAUAUACCAUGAAAUUCAUCAUAAAUCCGGUUCUUUCUAAAAUCACCGGUGAAACCAAUAUCACGAUCACGGUCGAUAAUCCGACUAGAAACAUAAGUUUGCACGCUUACGGGCUGCGCGUUCGCAAAUCCUCGAUAGAGCUUAGAAAUACUGAAUCAACUGAAUCGUACAAACUUCUCGAUUACCGUUAUUGUAGCGGACCACAGAUUUUGGAUAUGCGGUUUGGUAAAAUUAUAGCUUCUGGAAUUUAUAAUAUAACAAUGCAAUUUACGGUUUCUUACUCUAGCCAGAAAGGCAUAUUUCGCUACAAUUACAGGAAGUACGCAAGAUUAUCAAGGAUGAUCACCACGCAACUUGAGCCAAACGCGGCCCGAAGAGUGUUUCCAUGCUGGGAUGAGCCUGGAAUAAAAGCGAUUUUCGCCAUCUCUGUCAAGCAUCCUACGGAAUACAAUGUUUUCUCAAAUAUGCCAAGAAUAGGUCAUCAUAGUGAUGAAGAAAGUGAUGAUAAUUUGUUAUGGACACAUUUUCAAGACACGCUGUCAAUGUCUGCUUCUCAUGUUUUGAUUAUGCUGACCGACAUUAACUUCAAAUAUACUAAUCUGUAUCACAGUGAUACAAUAUGGCAUCAAAUAGAUUCGGAGAAGACACUGAAACACGCAUUCUUGGCAAUAGCAACGGCAAAGACGUUUUGGCAUAUGGUUACUGACACGAACACGUUAUUUCCGAAGAUAGACAACAUUUUAUUCCCGAAUAAUACAAUAAACACAAUGGGAUGCUUUGGCCUCACAAUUUACAGAGAAAAGGAUUUUCUAUACGAUGCAAGUUUAGAUUUCCCUGGUCGCAGAAAUGCUGUGAUGAAGACGAUAGGACACAAAAUAGCACGUCAGUGGUUUAUCGGGAUAGUUACCCCGUCUUGGUGGACUGAUUUGUGGUUAGGGGAAGCACUUGCAACAUUGUAUGGUUAUUAUACCAUGGACAUGUUUGCUGAGGUGUCAGCAUCAAUGAAUCUCUUUGUAGUCCAGAUUCUGCAGCCUACUCUCCGCUGUGACACUGACCUUCAAAUGAAAGCUAUUUCGGUACACAAUGUUAACAACGCAGAUGAAAUUGAUAUAGUUUUAUAUUCACAGUUGUAUUACGCUAAAGGAGUCGCCCUUUUACGCAUGUUGGAAUAUUCUCUGUCACGGGAAAUAUUUGAGCAGGCCGUCAGAAAAUAUUUGAAAACAUAUGAAUUGGGCUCGGCGACUGUCGACAAUUUCUGGACUAUUUUGCAAUCCGUCUACGAUCAACAAAACAAUCAUCAAAACUAUACGAUAAAAGAACUAAUGGAGACAUGGCUAACGCAAAAAUAUUAUCCGGUGUUAUACGUCGAUAGUGAUGAGCGUAAUAAAGUGAUUAGACUUACAGUCGUUGGGACUGAUGAUUCUAACAUCAACAACUGGACGAUACCAGUAACAUACACUACGAUGUUGUACAAUAAUUUUUAUAUCUCGAAUGUUACUUGGAUAAAUAGUUCUGAGACGACAAAUAUUUCUUUACAUGAUUACAAUUUGGUUAUAAUUAACACGAAUCAAAAUGGAUACUAUCGCGUCAAUUACGAUAAGAAGAGUUGGCUGAUAAUUGCAGAAUAUUUGAAUUAUAGGGAUUACAAACGUAUACAUGUUCUUAAUCGUGCUCAAAUCCUCGAUGACGUUUAUUACUUUAUGAUGAAAAGAGAAGUCCCAACAUCCUUAUUCUGGGAAAUUAUAAGAUACUUACAGCGAGAGACAGAUUACGUAGCAUGGUAUCCGAUGUUUAACAUUUUAUCGUACAUGUCGCCCUACUGGAAUCUUCCAGGAUCGGCAUUCAUCAAGCCAGUUAUGCUGGAAAUUUUGGAUGGUCUCCUCAAGAACAUAGGAUAUGAAGAAAUUAUUUAUGAGAACGACAUGUCUAAAUCGUUGAGGUUACUAGGAACAAGGUGGGCUUGUAAGCUCGGGCACACAACUUGUCUAUCAAUCGCUAACGUAAAAUUGGCCGAGCAUCUCAAGAAUCCUGACAAGCACAAAAUUUUACCGUGGUGGAAAGAUUGGGUAUAUUGUACGGGUAUGAUAGCGGCGAACAUAACUAUUUGGGACAAGCUGUUAGAAAAAUACGUUGCCACUAAAGAUCUAGCUAUUUUGGAUUAUUUGCAAUGCUCGGAAGAUGAACAUAUCAUCUCGCGAUAUUUGCAGCUGCUUAUGUCAAAUCAAGAAAAUUGGUUAUUAAAUGAUGAGAAGUUUAUUAAUAUUUAUCGUGCACUUGUAAGGAAGCACGCAAGGAAGAAUGUUGUGCUGGAAAACAUCUUAAAGAGAUAUGAUAUGAUAAGAUACAGGUUUCUGAGCAACAUUAGAGAUAUAGAUAUAUUUGGUGAUAUGAUUAUGAAUGUACAUUUUGAUGAGCAAUUUGAUAAGAUAAUAAGAUUUAUAGAAUCACAAACUAACAUGCUAAGCUUAAAUAUGUCUGAAAUUUAUUUACUAAGAGAAACACAAAAGGAACGGAGUCAGAAAUUGAUGAAUACGUUUAUAUUCUAAAUGGAAAGAAUUGUAUAAUAUCGCGAUUGGUUGCUCGAAUGAGAGAGUCAACGAUUCAGACAGCUGUUCUUCUAAGUAAAACGUUAUUGUAAAUUA